AUGGCUUAUUCGGAUGUUGAAGAAGGUUAUUCCUAUUCUUCUUCCACUCAGAAGCGCCCUUUAUUAAGAACACGUUCGCAUAAUGGGCCGUCGUUUCGCACUCUACCUUUAUUCGGAUUUUUACUCGGCCUUAUCGUCGCAUUUUAUAUUUUUUAUUUAUAUUUUGUGUCUAGCGAUGAAUUAUCAGAAAUGAAACGGCAAUUCAAUGUUUUGGAAGGACAUUCAGUGAAAUUAAAAGACGAAAAUCUCGAGAUGAAAAUACUUCUGGAUAAUUAUAAGGAGAAAGAAGUGACCUUGCAGAAUGCCAAAGAACUAGUUGAAACUAAAUUGAAUGAAUGCAGUAGAAAUUUGGAAUCCAUAAAGCAGGAUUAUGAAAAAUCGAAAGUGGAAACAAAUAAUAUCGAUAAACAAAGAAGUGAAUGUUCAAAAGAUUUACUUGAAUUGCAAAAUGGUAAGAAUGCAAUGGAAGAAAUUAUUGCUACAUUACGAGUAAAAGUGGACAAUUAUGAAAGAUUAAUUAUUUAUCUUAAUCAAACGAUCGCAAGGCUUGAAGCUGAAGGAGCAAAGACAUCAGAAAAAGUGGUAGAACCAUUCUUGCAAAAGCCUGACCAAGUUGUGCAGCAAGUAGACCAAGUAGAUGUGGUUCAUCAAAUGCACCAUGAAGCAAGAAAUGCUACAACAGUUAAUAUCGACCAAGUUAUUUCCAAUGUGGAUCAAGCGAAAGAAGGAGGAAUCAAUUUUGGAAAAGUUGUUCCUUUGAUAAAAUCAAAGACUGAAGGUAGUGAAGAAACUGAUUUCAAAGAAAAUAUUCCUGCUCCUCAGGAAAUGCCAAGAGUGAAUGAACAGUUUGGUGUCGUUCGACCAGGUCCUGGGGAUCGUGUGAAAAUGGAAAUGAAUGGAGGUCAAGUAGAAGAUGGUGGUGACUCAAAACUCGUUGCUGGUUUCGCCGACUUCCAAGAUGAAAAUAUGCUGGGAGAUUUAAAGGAAAAUGUUGCUAGAAUUGAAAAUAAUGACGUGAAAGCUGCAAAAAUCUAA